AUGCAACGUAUCAAAAGCUUCCUCUAUGAAUGCGUCAGUUUUGUCGCGUUUUUGGCCAGUCCCUACAUCGAGGGAAAUACUCCCGAAUUUGAAGCAGACCGAGAAAAAUGGCAAGAAACCUGCACCCGAGACUUAGUGCUGGCCGACUUCACUAAAUAUCUCCAACACGGCCAUACUUAUCCAGGGCGAGUAUUGAACAAGACAGAAAGCUGGGAUCAAGAAUCACUAGAAUCGUACCUUCUCACUCAGCUCCCUCAAGAGGGAGAUUAUAAAAUGCUUCUGAGGAAUUGUAUGCCGUCCCUCUGGGCCUUAACUAUCUACUUCGCUCAAUGGCCUUUCAACACCUCACCCGGCUUGACAACUCGCCUGACGUUCCCCGCCUUUGUUCGCGCCAUCGCCUUCCUCUGUGGCAGGCACAACAGGAUGAUUGUGAACUGGGAAGGCCAAGAUCAAGUUUUCAAUCACACCACAGAUCAGAUAGUACUGGAAUACAUCUUCCGGGCUUUGGCUACUACCCGACCAUCAGAGCGCCAACCAAGAUCAGCUCCGCCUCCUCAAGAAACCGCUAAAUUGUCAUCCCAUCGUGAUGUCCUCGACAUUUUGAGUGUAUCUCAACCAUUUCUAAACCACAGGACAGAAAAUCUCACUCGCGCGGAGCUGGUUCCUACAGCUGAUCGGUUAUCUCCACCAACUCCCCCUGAAUUAUCAGAGCUCAUUAUCCCAGCUACUGGGGAGAGGCUUAGAGAGAUUCUAGAACUGGCUAUUCCGCUUCUUCAGCACGCUAGUCAAUUCGAAAAUAAUACCUCCUGCUCUGCAAGUGUUAAGGAGCAGCUGGAGGCUGCUCGAACUAAACUAGAGACGCAAGAGGAAGUAACAUUUGAUGUCUUUCGGGAAUGUCUUGAUUGCGAGGACUGGAUGAAGAAGUAUCAUGAUGUAAAUCCUAUAUACGAUGGUAUUGCUCUUUUGUUCAAUACAUUCCCAAAUCCCGAAAGCCUGACUACUGGGAAAACGGCAAAUUGGUAUUCAGGAUCUGAGGAGAGUCUCCGUCUAGAUUCGUUAAGACAAUUAGGACUUAGGACCGUUACAGAGGGUGAUAUCUAA